ACGCGCACGCUCCCAUACACACACUCGCGCCGACUGCAAUUGAAGCCCCUCAAGCUGCCAGCAUCUGUGCUUCAUCUCUUCCCUCUCCUCUCAUUUCUCCUCCUCCUCCUCCUCUCUCACUCCGUAGCUCUCCGACACUCCGUCCUCCGCAGAUCUGACUCACUCAGCUCUCCUUUUGCCAUCCGUGCCAAGCUUUACCGCACAACCUGGGAUCAUGUCCUCCAACCUGCCCCCAGGGACUGCAGCCGGCGCCAAAAGCAAACCCCUCUCCCCCUUCAGGAAGCGGGGCAGCCUGCAGUAUGCAGCCAGCACAGCCAUCUUGAAAGGACAGCAGACGCCAUCCUGGGCCAUUUGCUGUUGGCAUGCUCCAUCUCCCUGCCAGGACAGCCUCUCUCUCCCUCUCUCUCCCUCUCUCUCCUCUCUCGGCCCUGCUAGCUGCUGGUUAACGCAGGCUCUGAGGAGACAGCUGAGCUCCGUGGUGCCCGCCACCUCCUCACUACCCAGCAUUCCUUGCCUGGGAUCCCUGUGGCCUUGAAACAAUCUAUAGACCUGCGUACAUCUAUGGACGGGAAGUACAAGGAGAUUGCUGAGGAGCUGUUUUCCCGCACUCUGGCAGAGAGUGAGAUGCGCAGUGCCCCCUAUGAAUUUCCCGAGGAUAGCCCCAUCGAACAGCUGGAGGAAAGACGUCAUCGACUUGAGCGACAGAUCAGCCAGGAUGUCAAAUAUGAACCUGACAUCCUCCUGCGAGCCAAACAGGAGUUCAUGAAGACUGACAGUGCCACAGAUCUCGAAUACAUGAAGGAGCAGAGCCAAGCACCUGACCUGCAGGAGAGAGAGCUGGUUCCAGAGAGAGAGUACCAGCGAGUCUCUAUUUCUGGAGAGGAGAAAUGUGGGGUCCCCUUCACAGAUCUGCUGGAUGCAGCCAAAUGUGUGGUGAAAGCUCUGUUCAUCAGGCAGAAGUAUAUGGGUCUGUCGCUGCAGAGUUUCUGCAGGACCACGGCUCGUUACCUGCAGGAGCUGAGUGAGAGACCUCUGGACUUAGAGAUCUAUGAGGAGGAGAUCCCAGAGACUGGAGCCACUGCAGAUGCCACAGUGCACCCACCUGUUUCUGAAACACACCCCUAUGAGAACCAGGACCCUGCCAGCAUGCCCCAUGACAUGGGUUACGGCUGCAAGAUGGUGGAUGGUGUCAUGCAUGUGUACACGACGAGGAACAUUAUGGAAAAGAGCACAGAGCUGGAGCUGCCAUAUCCAGACCUGCAGGAGUACAUCGCUGAUAUGAACGUCAUGAUGGCCCUCAUUAUCAAUGGACCAGUAAAGUCCUUCUGCUACCGUCGUCUGCAGUAUCUCAGCUCCAAGUUCCAGAUGCACAUCCUGCUGAAUGAGAUGAAAGAGCUGGCAGCACAAAAGAAAGUUCCCCAUCGAGACUUUUACAAUAUCCGUAAGGUCGACACCCACAUUCACGCUUCAUCCUGCAUGAACCAGAAGCACCUUCUGCGUUUUAUCAAAAGGGCCAUGAAGAAGUAUCCUAAGGAGAUUGUGCAUGUGGAAAGAGGCAAGGGUCAGACACUCAUGGAGGUGUUUGAGUCCAUGAACCUGACAGCCUUUGACCUGAGCGUAGACACCCUUGACAUGCAUGCAGACCGUAACACCUUUCAUCGCUUUGACAAGUUCAAUGCCAAAUACAAUCCCAUCGGCGAGUCCAUCCUGAGAGAGAUCUUCAUCAAGACAGACAACCACAUUGAGGGGAAAUAUUUUGGCCACAUUAUUAAGGAGGUGAUGGCAGACCUGGAGGAGAGCAAGUACCAGAACGUGGAGCUCAGGCUGUCGAUAUACGGGCGCUCCAGAGACGAGUGGGAUAAACUGGCCAAGUGGGCGGUCAAGCAUCGGGUCUACUCCAGCAAUGUGCGCUGGCUUGUGCAAGUGCCACGACUCUUUGAUGUUUACCACACGAAGAAGCAGCUGUGCAACUUCCAAGAGAUGCUGGAGAAUAUCUUCACGCCUCUGUUUGAGGUCACAGUCGACCCUGGCAGCCAUCCAGAGCUGCACCUCUUCCUUCAGCACGUUGUAGGUUUUGACAGUGUGGAUGAUGAGUCGAAACCAGAACAACAUAUCUUCAACCUGGACAGUCCGCUGCCCGUUAACUGGACAGAGGAGGACAACCCGCCCUACUCCUACUACCUCUACUAUAUGUAUGCAAACAUGACUGUGCUGAAUCACCUGCGCAGGCUGCGGGGGUUUCACACGCUCGUCCUUCGUCCUCACUGUGGGGAGGCUGGGCCGAUCCAUCACCUGGUGUCUGGUUUCAUGCUGUCAGAGAAUAUCUCUCACGGUCUGCUGCUCAGAAAGGCUCCUGUACUGCAGUAUCUGUACUACUUGGCCCAGAUAGGUAUCGCCAUGUCCCCUCUCAGCAAUAACAGCCUGUUCCUCAGCUACCACCGUAACCCGCUGCCAGAGUACCUGUCCAGAGGCCUCAUGGUCUCCCUGUCCACAGACGACCCUCUGCAGUUCCACUUUACCAAGGAGCCCUUGAUGGAAGAGUACAGCAUUGCCGCUCAGGUGUGGAAGCUGAGCUCCUGCGACAUGUGUGAACUGGCCAGAAACAGUGUGCUGAUGAGUGGAUUCUCUCAUAAGGUGAAAAGCUCCUGGCUCGGCGCACACUACAUCCUGGAGGGGCAGGAGAGUAACGACAUCAGGCGCACCAACGUCCCCGACAUCCGUGUGGCGUACCGGUAUGAGACCAUGUGUGAGGAGUUGAAUUUAAUCACACAGGCCAUCCGCACAGAUGAGCUGGAGACCAUUGAAGAGGAGGGGAGUCUGUGUAUGGGAGCCGUGCAGGGAGAGAAGUGAACAUGCAGCAGACACACAGUUCUCACUACAUUCCAUGUUUGCACGUCAGGACUUUGUACAGAUUUACAUAUCAACAUAUCACACCUGUGAAAAGAGAAAAGCUUUGUUACAAGAAGAUUAUGAGUGUUGCUACUGUGGCAGUACGAGAGAGGACCUACAAUCUGUGUACCCGAGGUGUUUACUUCCUUUCUGUCUUUCUUUAAUUUGUAAUGGUGAUUUCACGAUGUCUCUUGAUCUAUUUAUUUUUAAAUUAUUAGACUUUCAUGGUGUGUGACUUCAUUUUGUCAGAGUUUUUGUGCUAAGUCUGUAUUUCCUGAACCAACGUUGGAUAAUAUCGACAUUCAAGAUUCAACCCAUGAAUAAAACUGAUCAACUGGAUCCAGCACUGACCGAUUAAAGUAAGAUGAUCUGGAACAAUUUUGCAAAGUAAAGAGCCUGUAGGGCUGUAGCUACCAUUGAGGACUCUGAGGUCACGCUCUUGGUAUCCUUUCUGGCAAUUUGGGGGAUUUAAGUGACCUUUGAGAAGUUUACAUUCUGUAGUUAAAAUGUACACAUGGUGUGCAUUUCAGUAACACCUUAUUUUAUGUGUUUAAUUUCCUAAUAAGUUCUGAGCAAGUCUCCUGGAAACAACUGUAUAACCUGGUACUAAUUAAAGGGACAGAAGAGGCGAAGCUCUGGGACAGUUACUUCAAGUGUUGCACCAGCUGUUCUUCAGUUCAAACUUAACUUAGUGUAUCUAUAACACAAGUUACACACAAAUAAUUUUAACACAGACUCGCUGCUUUCUAGCAAACUAGCAAAGGGUAUCAUUAGCUUGCUAAUAACAUUUAAGUCAUUCAUUAAGUCACACCAUUUGCAAAGGAUUGGUGGUUAAGUUGUAAAAGAAUGUUGGGCCUCCUAAAACUAUUGUUUUCAGAAGUUAUGCGGCAUUCACAUGCUCCUCAAACAGUCACAUUUCCAGAGUUGGGAAGUUGUUCUUCUGACUUUAUUGUGUUCGUGAGCUUUAAGUGGUAAGGUGAAAACAACAUGGACGCGACAGAAAGAUGUAUUUUAUUGAUCAGAGCAUUUAAACAUCACAGUUAUAACAGCUUGAAGCUUGACAUUACAAAAUGAUUUUGUUCCCUAAACCUGUUAAAAUAUAGCUUUACCAAGAAUGCCAAUAAAUAACUUUUCUAACUAAUCUAGGUCAGUCCACAUCAACAGCAACUAACGGUUACAAACUAAAAACAUGUUACAAAUUACAUGUAAGCAAAAAAAAAUUUACAUGCAGUAUGUGAAUUGAUAACAAGUGUAUUGCUAAGAACUGGACAUUCACUUUCGACCAACAUGUUUCUGCAUAUAUAACGUCAACUUUUCAACUCGCGUAUCAACAUCUUUGCUGACUAUCUGAGUUUGUGUUCCAGUUAGGAACUCAUUUUUUUGACUAUUCUGACACCAAAUUAAUGCAAGGGUAUGUUACAUGAUGCAACAUCUACUUCCUGUUUACGUAGUUGAUUGGAUGGUGCUACAAAUGUUUCCUAGCAACCAGUUUACACAUUAUUACAGUUUUCAGUAGUUAGUUGAAGCAUUUCGUAGGUUUUGAAAGUGUAAUCUGGCGUAAUAGUAUCACAAGUUUGGAAGUGUGUUUUGGUUACUAAGAAUUCAGGAACAACUUUACACACACACACACACACACAUACAUACAGCAAUGGAUUAAGAACAGUUGGUGCAACCUAAUCCAAGCACCACCACGUUUAGAAUAUAAAUAAAUAUCUAACUGAAUCACUUCCUUUAGUGUCGAGGGGAGUCUACAACGAAUGACCUCAGUACCUCUAAAAUCCUGGCUACAGCCCAGACUACUUACCAAUUUUUAUUUCUGCAGUAAAAUUUGUUUAAUGUGAUGCAAAAACCUUUCAAGAAUAUUUGUUGUCAAAUUAGAAACACUGCAUGUUGACAUUUCUAAGUGUAAUUAUCCACAGGACAAUACCUCAUGCUGUAUAACUGGCAGAAAAAUCUCUAUCCUGUGUGUUCCUGCUAUCGUUGAUGAUAUUAACAACAUGUUUCCGACAGCUGUUCUCAUGUUGCCAUAUUCUUGCUGUUUUGGUUUUUUUUACAGUCUUUAUUCAGUAGAGUUGCAUGAAGGUGCGUCAGUCUUUGUUUCUGGUGUGCAGUGAUGCUACUCAGUCGUAGCAUCUUAUUAUACUAACACUUAUUUUGUGACAUUGUUUCUUCUGACAGUCGAUCUGAUACCAUCUGUCUUUUACACACAGAUAUUUAAAAUACAUACAUCUCUGAGUCAUAGUACAGUGAAUGAUGCAUGAUCUGUUCCUUCAGUUGUCACUCCUCCUCACACAAGUCCAGCCGGUGCCAAAUUCAUGAUUAAACACGUUUAGAGAACUGAAAGUCGAUGAACUUGACGAACCCUUCUCAAACUCCUGCCUUCAGUCUUGGUCCUGAUGUUAUCUGUGGGGCUGCGUGUUGUUAUUCAGAAGCACUGUGUGUCCCUCCAGAGACUUAUAUGUGCUGUUUGUGAUAUAUUAUUUAAUUGC